UGUGAGAGAGAGAGAGAGAUUUGAAAAAGGUUUAAAGUGGCUCUCAGUUUCCACUUAGAUAAUUUGAGGGUUUCACAGAGUGAAUUGGGGGCCUCUUACACAGCUCCAGAUGUUCACAGUGGAGGUCCUGAGGAAAAGUGAGACGCAGCAUGUCCGCUUUUACAAUGCACUUCAUUAAAAUCGACACACAGACCUGCUGAAAAGUGUGGCGACUCACACAUUCUGAUUUCAUUUUCACCCCAGGAAGAAGAAGAAGAAAAUAUAUUAAAAUGAAAUGAGUUGCUGCGUGGAUUUCAUUCGUACAGGUAGAUUAUUAAAAUAUUAGAAAUAAGAAAAAGCUGCCUGUCUCUUUAAGACGAUGUGUUGCGAAGUUCAAGUCGGGGUCACUUCAAGUUCUUGCCCUCGAUUUUACCUUUUAGUUUUAUUAUAGACUGACAUCACACGGGGCGCUAAAACGCUUAAAGCGCGCAGGGGGCACCAUUAUCAUCCCGGUGCGCGUUAUUGCGCACGAUUCUAAAAUAACCAAGGAUAUAAAAAAAGGGAAAAAAAAAACAGGAAACUGAUGCGUGUAUUUUUAUAGGAGGAGGAGAAAGAGAGAGAGAGAGAGAGAGAGAGAGAGAGAGAGAGAGAGAGAGAGAAGUGGGAGGGAGGACGGACUUCAGGAGCGACAAGAAAUUCAUAUCAAUUAAUAAUAAUCCUAAAAAAAAAAGGAGCUGGCAGACGCGCGCGGAAAACUGGCAUGGUUUUUGGAGGCUGGCAGUCCAAAGCUGAGACGUCAGAUAUGAGUCGUGCAGACUGCGGAGAUGAUCAUUAAAGGAGACUUAGAUCGGAUGGCAGAAGACAUCGGGCAUGCAGCUUUCUGUUCUUUCAGGUGGCGGACUGAAGACGAUGCUGGAUGCCAUGGAAGUUCCAAGUCAUGCUAGGGAUCUCCUCCUGCAGCUCAACAGCCAGCGCACCAAGGGCUUCCUGUGUGAUGUCAUUAUUGUGGUGCAGAACGCGCUCUUCAGAGCUCACAAGAACAUUCUGGCUGCCAGCAGCCUCUACUUGAAGUCUCUGGUGGUCCAUGACAAUCUCAUUAACCUCGACCACGAGAUGGUGAGUCCAGGAGUCUUCAGAGUCAUUUUGGACUAUAUCUACACAGGCCGUCUUACUGAGGGAGACCCCACCUCACCCACUGAGCCCAAUCUAGGGGCUGUCUUGGCAGCGGCCAGCUACCUACAGCUUCUCGAUUUAGUGGCUUUGUGCAAGAAGAAGUUGAAAAGAAAUGGAAAGUACCCUCUACGUCCAACUCCUGCAUUUCUACCCUAUGCAAAGAUGGGGCCCAAUAGUAUAGGUUUAGGGAGUGGCGGCAGGUAUAGAAUUUCUACUCCUGUUAUUCAGUCCUGCCCUCCAGGAGGAAUUGUAAAUAGCCAUACAACUAGGGCACCACCACUAGAGGAUCUAGUUCCUCACCGACUGGCCAUUCAUGCAGGUGAACUCUAUGCACCCACUUCCUCUCAGGGCUCUCAGGUGUUCCCGUCCCCGCAGGCAGCACUGUCUGCCCAGCUAGGCCUGCGUUCAUCCCACUCUGAGAGAAACUGCUCUCCCAUCUUUGGCCUUGAUCUGUCCAAGAAAAGCCCCCCCUCCCAGUCCCAUCUGGCAAACACUCACAAUGAUGAGGAACGAGACGGGACUCUGAGUGGCCAUGCCAGUCCCAUGAAUGGACCCAAUGGAAGGGCCUUCCCUGCAGAGAAAAUGGAGUCAACUGAUCAGGCAAGCUCUGUCACACCUCCCCCUUUCCACCACCUCAACCAGACCCUUGGCUCUCACCACCCCCACCUUCAUCGCUCAGGCUCCCAAGGCACUGACCGUUAUCCGUGCCCACCCAGUCCUGAAACCCCAACGGAAACUGGAGAGGCAGGCCGAGAAAUUGGUAACAUCUACCGUUGGGUGAAACAUGAGCCGUUACCAUAUCCACCUGAAGAGGAAGACGAGGAUGAAGAUGAGGAAGAAGUUGGUGAAAAUGGAGACCAAGAGGGCCACCACCAGCAUCACAACCACCACAAGGCUGGGGAGGAGAGUGAAGGAGUGGACGACAAGAGCGGUUCAGGCACUGAGGAGACGGGCAGCAGCGAAGGUCGGCCAUCUCCUACUGGACCAAUGGGGAGAUUCCAUAUGCCAUAUGAGCCAGAAAGCUUUGGAGAAAACCUAUACGUCUGCAUCCCCUGUGACAAAGGCUUUCCAAGCUCUGAGCAGCUCAAAGCACACGUGGAGACAGAGACACACACGGAAGAAGAGCUGUAUGUUAACUCUGGUGGGGAAAUGGGAAACAACAAUAACGGCAACGCCAAAAACAUCAACAGCAAUACUAAUGGUUAUGGGAGCCUAAACAGCAGCAAUGCUCUGAAUAGUCUGUCCCACUUGGACAGCAAGACCAACCAGGGACUGAGUUCAGGUGGCCUUGGAGAGAUGAUCCGACCCUACCGCUGUUCCAGUUGCGAGAAAUCCUACAAAGACCCAGCCACUUUGCGCCAACAUGAAAAAACCCACUGGCUGACCCGGCCUUACCCAUGCAGCAUCUGUGGCAAGAAGUUCACGCAGCGUGGCACCAUGACUCGCCAUAUGCGUAGCCACCUGGGACUAAAGCCUUUCGCCUGCGAUGCAUGUGGCAUGCGCUUCACUCGGCAGUACCGUCUCACUGAGCAUAUGCGUAUCCACUCCGGGGAGAAGCCUUACGAAUGUCAGGUGUGCGGAGGAAAGUUUGCUCAGCAGCGCAACCUCAUCAGCCACAUGAAGAUGCACAGCAGCGGAGGGACAGCGGGGGGCCUGACGACAGAUGGUAAACUGAAGUUGGACUUUGCAGAGGGCAUCUAUCCUUUGACUAAGUACACAGCAGAGCAUUUGGGGCUGAAGCAGGAGAAGGCCAGCGAGCUUCUACUCCAAGCCCAACAGCACCUGGUAGCCGAGGUUAAGGCCAUGGAAAGCCUCUACCCACUGUCCAAACUGGCCUCGGAGCACCUCGGGCUCACGCACGACAAGAUGGAUGUCCUGGGACAACCCCUUCCCCCUCCUACACAGGCUCUUACUGACACCCGCACCAUCGAGCGCUACUCGCCAAGUUAAGACCACAUGACCUGCGUAAUUGGGCAGCCGUGCACCCAAUCUGCAGUAUCCUGAUGCCACUCACCUCAGCUCAGUAUCUCCUCUGCACCUCAAACUCAGGCCAUGUGGACUGCUAAUG